AUGGGUUCAAUCGCUCCCCUACCACAACUACAACCCAUAGGGCUGGAGCCAUCCCCAGAGUUCGAUCAUUUUGGCUGCCGGGUGUACGUUUCGUUUUGCCUGAGGCGACCGACCUUGACCACAAACAACAUCUCUAACUGGAUAGAAUGUUAUGACCCAUCUAACAACACGUGGAGUUACAUUAGCCUGAUUCCCGGGAUAAUCGAGAGCCAUAUCUUGAAGGGUUUCGCCAUGGUUUCGCUCCAAGAUUCGAUCUACAUCAUAGGUGGCCGACUCUGCUACGAGGAAAUGGUUCAUGUUUCGGACGAAUUGGCCGAGUUGGUGGACGUGGAGGUCGAAGUCCUUUCCUCCGUGUUACGUUAUAGUGUUAGAACCAAUCGAUGGUCUACUUGUGCAACUCUUCAGACCCCGCCGCGUUGGGAUUUCGCGUGCACAGUGUGCGACAACAAAAUAUAUGUCGCUGGGGGCCAGUCCACUUCGUCUAGUGCUAGGGGAAUUCCAUCUGCUGAGGUGUAUGAUCCAACUCUAGACAAGUGGAGUUCUUUGCCUAGCAUGAGCACGUCGCGGUACAAAUGCGCGGGGGUUACAUGGAAUGGUAAAGUCCACAUGAUCGGCGGAUACGACAAGAGGUUAGACUCAGGCUGUGGGAUCCCUUUCAUCGUGGAGCAGAGCUCUGUCGAGGUGUAUGAGCCCAAGACUGGGAGAUGGGAACUGAUGGCAAGAAUGUGGCAAUUGGAUGUUCCAUCUAACCAAAUUCUUGCCCUUGAUGACGGGAGGCUGUUGAGCUCAGGGGAUUGCCUCAUGCCUUGGAAGGGCUACAUCAUGGCCUAUGAUCCCGAGUUCAACUUAUGGGACACCGUCCCUGGGUCGCUACAGAAGACUCUAUCUUCAGCGGUCGCCAUGUCCAAUGUCGACGAUGGCAGGUGGCCACCAAUCCAACCAUUGUACGUUACAAUUGCACCGAUCGGGACCUGUUUGUAUUUCUUGGUCGGGUAUUGGGCCUCUGGGGACUUGCCAAGGACGGUGUCGAUGGUGCACAUGUUCGACACGUCUCCAUAUGCCGAGUGCUGGAGGAGUUUCGAGCCGGUCGAAGAGGACGGAGAGAAAGAGUUUUGUAGUCAUUGCUGUGUUAUUCAGCUGUCGUGA